AGUUGGCUCAGUCAGUGGAAAAGUUUCCUUUCCUAACAAAGCACUUACUAGAGAAAAAUAACUUAUUAAAAAAAUGUGUAUUACAAUCUGAAGCUUUGAAGUGGUGAAACCUGCAAUCUUUUAAACGAGGCAACAGCGAUCUCAAAAAAAAAUUUAAAAAAAACAUAUAUAUUCUGAGAAAAUAAAAAUCGAACCCGCAAAUAUUGCUAUAUUUUUCAAAAAGUUUUCAUGAACAAAAAAGCAAAAAUUUUGUAAAUGAGUAUUAAACUUAGCUGUGUUUAAAUCGAUCUCCCGAACAUAUAAUCUUACUUGUGAUUAAAACAAAAAUCAAGAGGCAUUUGACAAGAAAGACUGGAAAAAAAAUUGAUGAAUUUUGGCAGACAUAUAUAUAUGAAAGGACUCCCUGAAAAACUAAGAAAAUUGUAAAAAAAACCGAUAGAAAAGCGUUCAAAGAAAAAGUUCUGAGAGAGCGAGUGUAAAGGAAAAAAGAGUGACAAAAGUGUGUAAGUGUGUGAAGAAUAAUCAUCACCGAAAAAACAGGGUGUGCGUUUAAAAAUUGAAAGCUUUUCGAUAUCCUCAUCCUAACGUACAUAACAUAUAUUAAUAGGAAUUGAAUCAAAGAAAUGGAUUUUAAUUUAACGAAUCCUACCAACAAACCUUCAGUAAGGUCCGACGAUAUUUUUACAAACACUGCAGAGGUGGGCAAGCAAACCAGUCAGGAUUUAUUGGGUGACAUAAUGGAUAAAUCUGGAACAUUAUAUUCAGAUAUUGGUGAUCAAAAAGAUUCGGAUUUUGAACAUAUCGAUGCGCAAGCCUUUGUGCAACGUAUGUCAGCCGGUGCAAAAGAGGCACAAGAGCAGCUAGAUGCCAAGUUUUCUCAAGCGAAAAAUGAUUAUGAUGAUUUUCUGGGUCAAAACACGCAAAAAAUUAAACAAGGUGUGGCUUCUGCCACUAGUGAUUUUAUGAAUGCUGAACGUGGCUUUGUGGGAGAUAUACUAACUAAGGCCGAGAAAAAAGCAUCGGAAACCGCAGGGGACAUAUUAAAUAUUGCUAGCCAUUUAGGCAGCGGAGAUGCUAAUUUUAUAAAUCAAGUUGCAUCUGUUAAUAGUACUACUCAAAAUCUGAUAGGUGAUAACAAUUUGACUUCCUCUGGUAAAACAUCUUCCACCGUUACUGGCAACGCUAACGUUAAUAAAAAAGAUUCAGACACCGAGUCACCUUCUAUUUCGCAUAAUCCUUCACCAGCUAAAAAAUUACCUGUUACCGAUGCUCUAAAAGAACAGGAUAAUGAAAAAUUCAUUUCUUCUGAAGAUCUUCUAAGCGAUUUUAAAGAAGAUUCUCAGUUAUCAGGGAAAACGAGCUCCCAAAAACAGACAGAUGUUGUUAAGAAUGUAAUCGAUUUAGAUACUGAUGAUGAUGAUGAUUUCGUUCAAGCUGAAAUUCCAAAAAUGUCGGAAGAUUUGAGACCAGUAACUACUACUAAAAUUGAACCAUCGGUGCCAGCUAAACCAAUUAAAACGGAAGUAGAACCGAUUAAACCUAAACCAGCCGUUAUAGAGAACAAGAAACCUCUGGGUCCUCACGCACCGAUAGUCGCAACUAAACCAACCACCACCACCGUAACCGUUAAAAAGACUCUGAGCUCGCAACAACCUCAGAUUAUUUCAGUCGAAGAUAUAUUCUACAAGUAUGGUCUAGACGCUUGGUUUAAACCGGAACGCUUACAUCCACAAGUGGAGUCACUUAUCUAUUGGCGUGAUGUAAAGAAAUCGGGUAUUGUGUUUGGUGCUGGUCUAAUAACUCUUUUGGCCAUUUCAUGUUGUUCGGUGAUUAGCGUUUUCGCUUAUCUAUCGCUAACGAUUCUGUCAGGCACAAUUGCCUUCAGGAUUUACAAAUCGGUUAUGCAAGCCAUACAAAAGACAUCAGAUGGUCAUCCCUUCAAAGAAUAUUUGGAUUAUGAUUUAACUUUAUCGCAAGAUAAAGUUCAGCAUAUUGCUGGUGUGGCAGUGGCUCAUGUAAAUGGCUUUGUUGCUGAAAUGCGAAGAUUAUUUUUGGUUGAAGAUUUAGUGGACUCCAUUAAAUUUGGUGUUAUUUUAUGUGUUAUGACUUACAUUGGGGCUUGGUUUAAUGGAAUGACUUUGGUCAUUAUGGCCUUUGUCUCGUUGUUUACUUUACCAAAAGUAUAUGAAAACAAUAAACAGUCCAUUGAUACCUAUUUGGAUUUGGCCCGAAGCAAAGUAGCUGAUGUCACUGAAAAAAUCAAAGCGGCCAUUCCUCUGGGUACUAAAAAGCCCAUAGCUGCCGAGUCUGAUAAAGACAAGUAAAGAACUAAUAUCAUCAAAAAUAAAAAAACAAAAAAAACAAAUAAUAAUAAUAACAACCCGAGUGUGUUAAGUUAUAUUUAUAUUAUUAUUAACAACAACAACCACAAAAACAAUCAAGAAACAAUUAGAAGUAAAAGCAUGGAAAACAAAAACAUUUUUAUCUGAUUGCAAAAUAU